UGCUUGUUGAAAAGAGCGAACGUAAUUCAACCUGGAUAUCCUUUCUCUAGGUCAGUCCCAAAGUUUCAAGUCCAAUUAUUUUCUGCAAUAAUAUUGUUCUAAAGCUUGGUUCUGCUGAUAACAAUUAACCUGCAUGAGGCAUGGCUUCUGUGUAAAGCCAUUGUUCUUUCGGAUAGUGUUACAAAUUUAUGAUCUGUAAGUUCAGAAAAAUACAUGAUCUGACGACAUAUUUUGGAUUAUCAACGUAAACCGUGGUUGUUGAGACGGGACUAUAAUAUUAUUGACGGUCAAUGCAGAGUUGUCAAUAUCUAACAUUAACUGUAGGAAAAUAGAUGUCUUAGAGCUGGAUCUUCGAGAUAAGACCAUGUUGCUCCUUGUCGCAUCAGCUAUCCUUCUGCUUGCCAUUCCCACGGGGGUGGAUGCGGGCUGUUGCUGCCCUACGUUUUGGACAGCCUUUGAUCGACAUUGUUACAGGUUGUUUAGCCAGAAUUUGACUUGGUCCGAUGCCGAGACGUUUUGCCAGAGUUACACCGUGCCCUCUCUAGGGGGCGGGCUAGCAAGCAUGGACACUUUGGCUCAUUUGGUCUCGGUUCAUUCUCAUGCAGAGCAAAACUUCAUCAAUAUUCUCUACGAAACUUCACGAAAGAAAGACGAUACUAUCGGAGGACUUUGGCUUGGCAUUCACGAUUUGACCACCGAAGGUGAAUUCAAGUGGUCAGACGGGUCCGACAUCGACUACACCGCAUGGGCACCACGUCAACCAGACGCCAGUACAACUAAUUCUGACUGCGGCGUUAUCCGAUCGGGAGCGGCCCGCAUUUACCCUGGACUGUGGCGUGAUGGACCGUGUGUACAACCACCCUCAGGGGUUGUCCAUUACUUCAUCUGUAAACUUCAAAUAUGGUCGAACUAACCAUUUAGAUCUUUUCAGGAAAUGUUUUUUUAAAGGGUUAAAGUGAUCAGUUUUUUUCCUUGA